AGUCACCCACCUAACGUCGAAGGAGUAACUGCUGUAACUCAUCACAGAAAACGAGGUGUGGAAAAACAAGGUUUCGCCGCCUUAUCGGCCACGACGCCAUUUGAAUCAGUUUACCCGGGAGAUCUUGAAUGACAGCACUCAACACUAGAUUGAUCUUUCUUAUCUCUACAGCUUAGUUAUGACAUGAAACUUUUAAUGCUUUCAAAAUAAUCUUUCUUGUUGCAAUUUGAUAAAAAUUUGUUCUGUGGACAUUAUUAUUUCUGUGUUUUUAAUUGAGUGAAUCAUGUCUCUAACUAUGAGAGUUGAUAAGAACAUUUAUUGAUCUUUGUGGUUCUUGUCAUUCAUCUCUCUCUCUCUCUCUCUCUCUCUCUCUCUCUCUCUCUCUCUCUCUCUCUCUCUCUCUCUCUCUAUGUGUAUAUAAUUAUUCAGUCUUCCUUAUAUUCCCCCUCCUUCUACUUCACUUCUUCCUCUCCUUUGCUUUUUCUUCCCCUUUCCUCCGGCCCCUCUUCCUCCAAUUGACCAUGGCUGAGAAUACUACGGACCCCUUCCAACCUGAGGACCUGGAGAAAUUAAAGCGACUCUUCGCGGAGAUUAUGCGAAGUCCGUGUAUGAAUGACUUCGCUUCCUUCAACCGAACGGACAAGGAGGAAAAAAAGGAUCCCAGCGAAGACUCCAUGGCCGUCUUAUACAUCAUUCUGGUUCUGACGAUUUUCGGAAUGUCGUUGCUGAUAUUGCUUAUCAAAUACUUGAAGAAAGAAAAGGAAUCUGCCAAACUCCAGAGGUUUUAUGAUGACUACCUGGACAAGCGACUUCCAAGCAUGGUCGUCCACUACGACGACGAAGGUCGCUACGUGAAGGCGAAGACGACCUCUAGGAAGAUAUCUAAGCAACCUGAACUGAACCUUGACCUCCCGUCUCCUGCAGCGUCCUCUUUAGGAGGGACUCCCACCACCUCUCCCUCUGUGAUGUCAGCGGCGGCAUCUCCUGAUGCCACUUCCGUUAGCAGUAACUCCUCAAUUCUGAAGAAGGCCCUCCUGGAACACGUCGUUUAAUGAGUGACGUCAUGUCUACCCCUUGAUAUUUGAUUCUUAAUUGGAGGAAAUCUAAAUGUGCUUUUGGAAGACGUCUGUUUUGGUGUUACUUGGAUGCUAGUAACGUUGCCAGGUCUAUUUGAGAACCGGAGCCUUUCUUUUUUAUGUUAUUUAUUUAUAAAAUGCUUUCUCAAAACACUGGAGUAAUUGCAGGGGUAUUAUAAGAAACUUCAUUUAAUUUGUUGGAAAACCUGUGAGAUUAAAAAAGAUAACGAAACAGCAAAAACCCAUAAAUGAAGGUCACCCACCAGAAGUUAUGAAAAAUCGAAGGGGCGUUUUUGUGUUUUCUAUAAAUGACUAAUCAGUUUAUGAAGUUUAGACUGUCAAGGCAACCAAUGAAGCACCUUCGGCUAUUCAGUGCUUAAGACGGUGAAAAGAGGGGUUGGAGUGGUUGGACAGCAAGGCAUAGAAAUUCUAAAAAAAAAAAAAAAAAAAAGAGACGUACAAUAUUGUAGCGGUGGAACUAGGAGAAAUCCCCAUAGUUGCACCUGGAAGUAAUAGUUUGAAAAGUUGGAAAGCAAGAUUUAGGUUGGAAAAUGGGAAUGGAGGCAGAGUAAAGGACUAAAAGUCGGUGCAGUGUGUGGCCGAAGGGACGUUGCAAACGCCUUUCAGUAAUGCCUACAGUGUACCGUGCUUGCUGCACUGACGGCAUUAUCCCUUAGGGGGAGUUCUCGAAAUGAUCUUACGUGAAAGAUAAGAGACAUUCCAGUGAUUUGCUGUGGAAUUGGAUAUAUAGGCUUGCUGUCCUUUAAUAUGAGCUAAAAGAGACUCAUUAUCUGCUCGAAUUUGACAACUUCUAGUGAUAACUGACAUUUCUCACGAAUUCCCUCAUUUGAUUGAUGUCUGACUUUUCUGAGAUCCAGGAGACAUGAAAUCCAGUUUUAGUUCACGAUAAAGAACUGAGUUUUAUUACUAUUUUUAUUUUUGUUAGGAAAAGGGAAAUUAGGAAGUUAUGAAAGAAAGCAAAGUUAUUUGUGACCAAAACAGCGUCAGAGUUGUACAUAUCAGUGAAGCAAUAUGAUGUAUGAGAUUGAAUAAAUUAUUUCAUGUGGGUGUAUGUGCGUGUAUGUGUGCGUGUGUUUGCAUGCUAGAGAGAGGGGGGAAAUCUAGAUAUUGUAUACGUUUUAAUGUUUUCUAUUUUUUGUCCAUAGAUUUAUACCUAGUAAUGUUUGACAAUAUUUACAGAUUGUAGACAGUCUGAAGUUUUAAUAAACCUGUUUCCCUUUUCAUCUCUUCAGCUGUUAUUUACAAUCAUUUCUAUGGCUGGCGUUUGUUCUCAUUCGUCGGUGUUAAAUUUUAUGCACAACUUUUUUCAAUUUCUUGAAAUGUCUAUGAACGGUUUUUUUUUUUUUUUUUGAGGAUUGCUUAUGGUAACUAGCUAUCGUUACAGGGAUAUUGUUGCGCAGAAGACAACAAAUAAAUGACUGUUAAUUUCUCGUGAAAAGAAUGCACAGGGGUCUGUUUGAUCUACGCUGAAUGGUAAUGGAAAAAUAAAGAAACUGUGUGGUCUUAUUACUUACACUGUAAGUUCUAUAACAUAAUAUACAAUAAAAUUACAUAA